AUGGACAUUCCUCUGGACGCGAACGUGCUCGUGCUUCGCAUCCAGACUGAAGACGCUGAACAAGCCGAUAAGGGAUCUCUGGAAUCGUGCCGCAUUCAAGUGCGAAGGCGGCCGUUGCCCAAUCCAAGGAAUCCUCGCCUACUGGAUCGGUAUAGGCAGCUUCUGUUAGAUAGCGAAGUACACCAUACGGUAUUGGACGCGACGAUACGUUCGACGCGAGAACAUUGGGUCUCUAAAGCCAAAUUAGUGUAUCAAAUGUCUCGUCAAAAGGAAAUCAUUCCAUCAAUGCACGACCGUGACGUGCUGACGUUCUGGCAAGAGGGUCUUUCAAAGGUGUAUAAGGAGUCUGUGAUCGCUACAAUUCAUCAACUUCCACAUUAA